AUUACACAACGAUGUUAGCUGUGCCUGUGAUUGAAAGCGCUGUGGGUAACGUUGUGUUUGUGUUUGCUCAUCAGAAUGUAUACGGCGAUAGAAUAACAGUAAAAGACAUAGAAAGAAUGCGGUCCUCCACCUCGUAAUAUAAAACAAUGUAGAUGGUGCUAGUUGUGGGUCAGAUGAUUCAGUAGCAUAGAAUGCUAUCAAUGAGCUACUCCAGUGUUGUUGCGAAACAAGCCUCAUCUGCAAAACAGCAUCGUUUGUGUUUAAAAGUUUCUAUGUUUCAUUCCAAAUGUCACAGAGCAGUUCUGAGAGUGACAUAUGGGAAUAUAAAUCUCUGAGGAAUACAAAACGACAUGAUGACGGUCAAAAUGCGAAAGACACAAGACAGGGGAAGGGAAAGAGAAAACACGAGUCGGGAACAGAGCAAAGCUCCAACAAAAACAGGCGAGCCUCCACAACGAAGGUUGGCUGUUGUGUCAAAAACCGAACAAGUGCAAAUACACAACCUCGAAAUGACUCGAUACAAAUGAAAGACGUGAAUGGAGGUCUGUCCAGCCAACCACCACCACCGGACAAAGCAUGCCAGGACAUGCCUGUAGCUGUGGACGAAACUCAGAAACCCUCCCCACCAAAAGGACACUGUCCAAUUUGUCAGAUGCCCUUUUCCAUACUAGUGGUGCAGUCUCAACGAUGGCACGUCGCAGAAUGCCUUGAAACCCCUGGAAAUGACAGUAAAGAGUGCCCGGACGGUGUUCAGUGUUCAACCACCAUUCCAAGCCAUUAUAAGAAGUACAGCCACUUUCUGCUAGCCCACAGCAGAUCUGUCAAUGACGACAGUGAGCUUGUUCUCUCACAAGAGAUAUCAGCUGAUCAUAGAACUACCUCAUCUCCCCCUCUGAAGAAUCAAAACAAUGAUAUACAUAGUGGCACUUUGGAUAAUUUAGAGUUUAACAAAGUGAGUACCUCCUCAUCCUACAGCCCAAGCGCCUCCCUCAGCCCUUCGCCUGCUGGUCCUGCCCAGUCCUCCACUCAGUCACGGUCCAACGCCCUGCUGCUCUUGCGCUCCCCAGCUCUUGACGACAUCAAAAAGAAGAAGGGCUGGUCUCCCUCUGGAAAGGGGACAAAGCCUCCAAGUCUGAGCAAAGUAAAAGUUUCACCUCAAGUGAGACGGGACCCUAACAAGGACAAGUCUGUUGUUUGUGAUAAUCUAGUAAAUAUGGACCUGAAAUCAGAUGCAGUCAGCUCAACUCCUUCGCUUGAGCCAGCGAGUUUGGACCAAACAGCACAGCUAGAUGCUAUAAAAGAGGAAGAAUCUUCUAAUUUUAUUGAUGAUGAUGAUUAUAUUUCCUUUUCACCUCUCUCUGAGAUGCCCAAUGACUAUGAGGAACACAGGGACCAACACAGAAGAGAGUUGUUUCCAAAGGAGGAGAGCAAUGACUCCCUGCCGUUAUCUUGUAGUGAAGCAGCACCAAGCGACAGUGACGACCUCUUCCCUGAGCUGAUGGACCAGUGUGAUGUAGAGCAGUUGGAAGACGGCCCCCUCGUUAAGGACUCCUUUGACUCCACCUACAUGGAGUUAACGAGCUCCUCGUUAGUGGCAGAUCAAAUGACUACACCUGGGUCCGCAGGUGUUCCAGAACACAACUUCCCUGUCCCACACUCAGAGACUGACGACAAGACUUCUUUGCAAUCUCCUCAAAGUCUAGUACUAGAGCGUCUUCGUGAAUGUAUAUCAAGCCAGGUGUUCCAUACAGGCAUUGAGGAAGAUUCCUGUAGUCAGUUAAGCCAAGGUGUGUCUCAACAACCACUCUCACAAACCUCCGGCCAUUUUAACUCUACAACAACAAUGGCACCCAGGAAGCCCCAAAGCAAAGCUGGAGCCACGUCCUCUGGGUUCAAGCAAACAGACAUUGGUGUCUUCUUUGGGUUAAAACCCAAACUGAAGGACCCUGAGAAGAAAACGGUAGGAGCAGGCGAUAACGCUCACUCUGUGCAGCAGAAUUCCCAGCAGACCUCCGAAGCUCCAGCAAGGAAUGCUGGCAGGUCGGGGUGGGGCAGAAGGAAGGACCCAGAGGUGGGCCCUGCAGGAGCCACCGAGAACGAGGAGGCGCAGCCUGGGCAGGCGAAGGGGGGGAGAAGACAAGGGGGCUGGAGUAGAUGGAGCAAAAAGGGGGAAAACGGUCAAGCCAGGCCUUGCCCGUUCUACAAGAAAAUCCCAGGUACACCAUUUGUUGUAGAUGCAUUUAAUUAUGGCAGCGUUGAGGGCAUCACAGCGUACUUCCUCACCCACUUCCACUCGGAUCACUAUGGCGGUCUGACUAAGAACUCCACUGUUCCCAUCUACUGCAACAAGAUCACAGGGAAUCUGGUGAAGAGCAAGCUGAGGGUGGAUGAGAGGUACAUCCACAUCCUGCCCAUGAACACAGAAUGCCUCGUGGAGGGGGUGAAGGUCACCUUACUGGAUGCCAAUCACUGUCCAGGAUCGGCCAUGCUGCUGUUCGCCCUGCCUAGUGGUCAGAAGGUCCUCCACACGGGAGACUUCAGGGCAGACCCCUCCAUGGAGCGCUACCCAGAGCUGCAGGGGCUCCGAGUGCAGACCCUUUACCUGGACACCACGUAUUGCAGUCCAGAAUACACCUUCCCCACCCAGCAGGAGGUAAUCACUUUUGCUGCCAACCGGGCCUUCGAGGCGGUGACCCUGAGCCCGCGCACGCUGGUCGUGUGCGGCACCUACUCUGUGGGGAAAGAGAAGGUCUUCCUGGCGGUCGCCGACGUGCUGGGCUGUAAGGUCUGUCUGUCCCGGGACAAAUACAACACCAUGUGCUGUCUGGAGUCGGAGCAGAUCCGCCAGAGCAUCACCACCGACGGGAAGGCAGCCCAGGUCCACGUUCUGCCCAUGAUGCAGCUCAACUUCAAAACCUUGCAGACUUACUUGAAGCGGUUCUCAGACAAGUAUGACCAACUGGUAGCGUUCAAGCCCACAGGUUGGACCUUUAAUCAGGGCUCAGACCUGGAACACGUCCAGCCACACACCCAGGGCAACAUCACUAUUUACGGCAUCCCGUACAGCGAGCACAGCGGCUACCUGGAACUGAAGCGCUUUGUGCAGUGGCUGCGGCCCCAGAAGAUCAUCCCCACGGUCAACGUGGGCAGCUGGCGAAGCCGGAAGGCCAUGGAGCAGUGCUUCAGCGAGUGGGACGCCGAGGUCGGCACCGCGCACCGCAACAGACUCCAGUAAUCCACGCCACCUUUUUUUGAGUGUGUUUUGCUGGUCUUGGAUCAGUUUUGUUUGUUUAUUUAAAUUUCCCCCUGCCUUCUGAAGGAUUUUGUUUACGGUGAGGUGGCGGAUUGUGUUGCCAUCUGCCACUGGACAUUUUUUUCCCCCCUAAGAGGAAUGCUUGGAUUGGAAACGGUCCAAGUCCGCACUCCAGCCUGGAUUAUGUCUUGUGACCUGGGCCCUGCUCUUUUAGAGAGUGGUGUCUUCCAGGAGUCUGUGCCUGACCUGUUUUAUAGACUGGACCCAGAGGAGCGCUCUCGGUUUACACUGGCCAUUACUGUAAAGCGCCUUUCCUCCCUCUGAAACGGAGAGUGUGGAGACACGUUAGCGCUGUGACCUUCAACUCACCUUGUGUGUGUGUGUCUCUCUCUCUCUCUCUCUCUCUCUCUCUCUCUCUCUCUCUCUCUCUCUCUCUCUCUCUCUCUCUCUCUCUCUCUCUGUGGCAUCUGGGCUUGUUGUACCCUGGUGUCAGAUGGUGUGCUCACCGAGAGACUAGAACGCCACAAGUCAAUGCACCCCAUUCUGUCCCAGCCAUCAUCCCUGUAAACACCUCUUCAUCCAUGGAGGUGGAACAGACAACUGAAAUCAAGAGGCUCUCUUUGUGCUCUCAAUUGAAGUGAGCACUCCCAGUUGCACACUUUUGGAGGUGAGAUGCUGCCGUUAAUCCAUUUGAUUGAUUUUGAUGAAGGGUCUUCAUUAGCGUGGGCUGAAUUUGGUGCACUGGCCUGUUAGCCUACUUCUAGCAAUAAUUUGUUUACGCCCGGGCGUCUCUUGAGUGGUGUCGAAGAGACACAAAUUCUGGAUAGUUCCUCUGCCUGACGGUUCGCAGACUCUAAUGGUGUUUACGCUUAGAGCAGAGCUCUUAGACCUGUGCCAGGUUUCCCCUCAGAGCAUCAAGGUGCUUGGAGUCUGACUACCGUCUAAUUGAAGAUUCUUCUGAAUUUUCUCUGUUCCAGUGACGUUGGCUCCACUCUCCUUCCUUUGGCUGUUUUUCAUGUAGGCCAACCUAUAUGAGUUUUAUUUUUGGACUGAGUGAGGGCUAUCUGGAUUGGUCUCUAUGGUGACCACUGUUCUGUUUUGUUCCCUUAUGACAUUUUAAUGCCGCUCCCGAACAACUUCUUAAAGUGCUGCUGGACAAGAAUAUAAGUAUGUGCCCUGAGCAAUUUCAGGGGCUUUUAAAUAAAUUGCUGCAUUUUAAAAGUCAUUAUUUUAAAACAAAGUGUAAAUGCAUAAAAUAAAAUAAAUUAACAGUUGAACUCUU